CCCCGGCCGGCACUCUUCCCGGCAGCGCCCGCCCCGCCGCCACUCGAGCCUCGGGGAUGUGAUGGAGCCGCUGCUCGCCGAGAUGGCCGCGCUGCUGCUGCUGCUGCUGGCCGGGGCCGUGGGCGGAGGAGUCGUGUUGGAUCUGCCUCGCCCAACUAACAUCACAUAUACUAUCAAUGAAAAUAACUGCCAGCUGAAUGUGACAUGGGCUCCUGUAAAAAUAGAAGAUGACUGCAAUCUACGGUAUGUAACUGCUAUAACCACCAGUGGAGAAUGGGGCCAAAAGGAAUGGAAUGUUCAAAAUUUCCGGACAGUGUUCAUACCUCUGGGUAAAAAAGUCAUUUUUGGAGUCGCCACUUCAUGUGAAGGACAGGGUGAUGGAGAUUAUGUUAAAAUCACUCUUUGUCAAAAUGGUACUGCAGGUACAGGAGCCACUAAAAUCCUAUGUAUGUGGUACAAUAUGAAGUACAUGAUGUGCUCAUGGCAGCGUGGAGAGAAUGCAAGUCCUAACACAACCUACAAAUUGAAUUACUGGUAUAUUGAUCAGGAUAGAGGAGGGCCAUGCACACAUUACACUAAAAAAGGUGAUGACUUUCGAUGCACUUUCGACACAAACCUUUAUUGGCCUCCAGGACUCAGCAUUUCUAUCCAGGGCAAUUCCAGAGACAUUCAGCCUGUGUGUAUAAUGAAUAAAUUACCAGAAGUAUAUGAAUUUCUAGUAAAACCUGAUCCUCCAUUGAUUGUAAAGCCCAAAAGGAGCAAUGAAGGAGUUAUUCUACAGUGGACUGAACCAAGGGGCUUGAAUGACAUGUGCUAUCAACUAGAAAUUAAUAACAAACUGGACCCAGAAAUUUACAGGUCACGUAACAAUGUAACACUCACUCUCAAGAGUAAACAAUACUACACUUUCCGGGUGAGAGCCAGGACUUCUAAGACCAACUGUGAGCGCGCACAUGAUCCCUGGAGCGAGUGGAGCGAGGCAGUAGAAGUAGAUGAGAGAGACUUUCCAUUUUCUCUCCUUCUAUACAUUCUCCUUCCAUUAUGUGUGGCAGUCCUGACUAUCAUAUUCCUCAUACACCUGAAGAGGAUUAAAAUGUUGAUUCUUCCUACAAUUCCUGAGCCUGGAAAGUUUCUGAAACAAAUGUUUGAAGAGCACAUUGAAGAUCUUCAAAAACCUCCCCCCGAAGACCCAAUCAAGGAUGAGCAAACCCAUUUGUUGGUAUUCAUACAGCCUUCUUGUAAUGAGAACUGAGGAAACUAGGGGACCGUCUACAUCAGAUGACUCUUGAAUGUAAACCAGAGGUCUUUGGGGCAGGGACUGAUG